GUUGACCAAGUAUACUGGAAAUGCCAUUUACUACUUCCAAUUUUCAAAAAACAAAUUUGUAUCAAAAAAGUUUUUUAGAGUUUUGCCAUUUCAAAAUAAUUUUACUGAAUGUUGAGGAAAUUCUGUGCAGGAGAUGCAAAAUAUGCUCCUUUGAGAAUGCAUCCAAAAACCUGAGACUGUUCAAGGCAGACUUACUGGAUUAUAGCUCAAUACGUUCAGCAGUUGAAGGUUGCAUUGGAGUAUUCCAUGUUUCUAGUCCAGCAGUGCCUUCAACGACAGUAACAAACCCUGAGGUGGAAUUGAUUGAAACUGCUGUAAAGGGCACACUUAAUGUACUGAAAGCAUGUGUUGAAGCAAAAGUUAAGCGGGUUGUUUUUGUGUCCUCUAUUGCUACUUUGCUGAUGAAUCCCAGCUGGCCCAAGGGUCAGGUGAUGGAUGAAACUUCUUGGUCUGACAAGGAAUAUUUUAGAACUACAAAGGUAAACUACCACAAAAUACAAUUUUAUGUUAAGCUUGUUGCUUUAUUUUGUACAAUGUGUGAUUACAAUACAUUUUUAUGAUAUUUCUUGCAUAGCAAUCUGAUUUAUAGAUUGCAUAGUUUAAAAUUUAAGAAUGAUAAAUAAAUUCAUGGUGGCUUAUAAUUGCAUAGUCUCAAGAGAUGAGAUUAAAAGGCUUAAUUAUAUUAUAAAUUUCAAUACCAGAAGACUUGAAAAAAUAACCUGAAAAAAUUAGCAAGGGGGAGAAUCUUUCCAAACUUAGAAUUUAAAAGUUUAGGGAACUGGAGGUAGAAAGCUCUAGUAUGGAUCUAGGAACUAAGUUAUGUGGGAAAACAGAUAACCAAAAAUUAAAGAAAGAAUCUUCCACCUCUAGAGGAAGAAGCCAGAGUUUGAAAACCCACUAAACUGUUCGAGUUCUACCACAAUAAAACCAAAACAAAAAAAG